GGGUGCAGGCUUGGGGAGGGGUGGGGGUGGGUCCUUGGUGAGCAGCUCUGCGGCGAAGGGGAUUUCCACCCCGGGGUUUGGGUGCGGACACAGCGAGAAGAUGGCGUCGGGGCUUCUGGUGGUGGUGUUCUUCCUCUUCCUCAUCAUGCAGGCAGCCUGGGCUCAACAGCAUCAACCACCGAAGGUGGCCGGGGCUGUCGGUGGGGUGGCUUAUCUUAGUCCCAGCCUGCAAACCCAGGUCUCCUAUUCCCGAAUCCACUGGCGGGGCCACAACUCCGUGAAGAUCGCCAGCCGGGAGGGCAAGGCCAAGGCCCAGUACCCCGACAGCCCCUACAAGGGACGCCUGGAGCUUUUCCCCAACAACACCCUAAAAAUCAGCCACCUGCAGAAAGAUGACAGCAGCAUGUACCAAGUCUACCUGGAGGAUGAGACGGGCAAGGAGAACAUUGAAACCAUCUUCCUGCAGGUGUACGAUCUGGUCCCGAAGCCAACUGUCCGUGUCAAAGUGAUCAGUGAUGAGCUGGCAUUGUGCAAAGCCACCCUGGAGUGCUCGGUGGGGCUCAAAGAGGUGACCUACGAGUGGAUCGCCCCCAACAAGUUCCUGCAGGCGGAGGCGAGUGCCUCUAGCCAGAGUGUCUCCUUCAACCCCUUGAUGGAAACCUACACCUGCAAAGUCAGCAACCCUGUCUCUUCCAACAGCGCCUCGCUGACCUACAGGCACCCCUGCUCCUGGACAGGUGAGUCCUCCGCUGCCACAUCCUGCUCCACCGCCAGCGUGCUGGUGACCCUGGGACACCUCAUUCUCCUCCUCUUCCUCCUCAUUCUGGCUUAACAACGCUCUGAGGUUGACAUCUCUCCUUGCCUCACCCCUGCCUGCCGUGGGACCAGCACCUGGAGGAGGUCCCCAAAUUGGUUGGAUGCAGAAAGAUGCGGUUGCUCAGGGGAAUCAUUACAACCAGUCUGUUACACCAGCACCCGCUGGGUCUCAUCCACAGCCGCCCGCUUCCCCCCAGCCCAGGUUCUGGCUGCUCUGCUGCUGCGGUCAAAGUAGCUCCUCUUCGUGCCUCAGUUUCCCUCCUCACGUCUUCUGCUUCGCUUUAAUCAGAGGUGAUAUCCUCCAGGUCUUAAAAGAAUGAGGAUGAAGUCUGUCGGAUCAGUGCUUUGAGAACCCUGGCAAUCUAAAUUGUUAAAUUAACGGUUAAGCACUUGGAAAUCAUAGAAUCAUAGAAUCGCUUUGGUUGGAAAAGCCCUCUAAGAUCAUCAAGUCCAACCG